AUGCGUGUGAUUGCUGUGUUUGUUGGUGUGUUUAUGGUGUGUGCAACAUUUACUGCGGGAGCACCUAUCGAAGCGGAAAACAGCGAUUUACUCAGCUACGAGAAUGUGCGGACAGAAAAUGGAUAUCGGUUCUCCUACGCAACUAAGGACGGACAAGCGCGUGAAGAGGUCGGUACGAUCGAUCCCAGUACGGGUGCAUUGACCGUAACUGGAUGGUACAGCUACCGUACACCAGAUGGCGCGGAGUAUCGGGUCGAUUUCAUAGCGGAUGAAAAUGGCUAUCGAGUUGUGGAUCAACCGACUCCGAUCAAUAAUGCUGUACUGCUAUCACUCGUUGGUUAA